AUGACCAAUAAACCGCGUGGUCGAACAGCUCUUCGACUGUGUGCCGUGAAUCCUGAGACAACGCCUGAGAUAAUCUGCCAGGUUGUACAACGAAUGGGUGUGAUUGCCAAUGGAGAGUUCGCUCUGAUGGCGAAGCUGAAGGAAUCAAGAAAGGUUGCGAAAUCACUAUGCACCGAAGGGUAUAUAUAUUCCGGUUCAAUCCGAAGAUCACUAUUGAUAACCUGGAAUGAAGAUGCAUUCAUGUAG